UUUAUUGAAAGGAUUACACUAUUUAAACCACUGAGCCAGAGUCCGUCAAAAACUGUCAAAGAGGAAGACAAGGAGAAUGCACCAACCAAGAAAACUGUUCUGAAGCCAUCUUCUACUGAUGAGAAGAAGAUCACCAACUCGGAUAUCUACAUUCGAGAGAUCUCUAGAAGAAUUCUGCAAUCAGUUUA